GAAUAGUAUAGUUAAAGCAGUGUAUUUUAUUGCUGCAUGCAGUGUGUGCUACAGUAUCGAUCGUGCAUACGUCGUUGAUUCGGACAUACAUUAGAACAUACCAAUAGGAAUUUUUUUUAGAUCAAAGUAAUUAAAAAUUGUAUUAAUCUGACAUACACCGAGAGUCACGAGUUUAAAAAAUUUCCAGUAUGGCCGCUCUGAAGAAAACGAUCCAACUUAAUAAUGGGAAGGAAAUGCCAAUUAUAGGACUUGGUACUUGGCAGAGUCCAAAAGAUGAGGUAAAGGCAGCCUUGUUGGCUGCUUUGGAUGCUGGCUACAGACACAUUGACACGGCCUACAGUUACAUGAAUGAGGAUGCAAUUGGAGAGGCUCUGCAAGAAAUUUUUAAAAGUGGAAAAGUGAAAAGAGAGGAUUUGUUUAUUGUUACUAAGCUCCCAUUGAUUCACAUGGACCCAAAACUGGUGAAGAGAUCCCUUGAGUUGAGUCUGAAGAACUUCCAGUUAUCAUAUUUAGAUCUGUACCUCGUUCACUUUCCUAUACCUCUAGAAUACGAUGGUGACGACACUAAUGUCGUACCCCAAAACGAGUCCGGAAACUGGAAGGGAGCAGACAAGUGGGAUCUGUUGGGAACAUGGAAGGCAAUGGAGGACCUUGUAGACUUGGGACUGACCAAAUCUAUUGGAGUUUCUAACUUUAGUAUCUCACAAGUUGAAAGAAUCUGCAAGGUGGCGAAACACAAACCCGUUACAAACCAAGUGGAGUGUCACAUAUAUCUCCCACAAACAGAGUUGGUCGAGGCUUGUAAGAAGCUCGGAAUAACAAUUACAGCGUAUUCUCCAUUCGGUUCACCAGGAAGGCCUGCGUUCAUUAAACAAGCAGACGAUCCUGUUGUAAUGGAAGAUCCUGUCAUCCUGAAAUUAGCCGAAAAAUGUGGGAAAACUCCAGCACAGGUUAUUCUUCGAAAUCUCAUCCAAAGAGGUAUGAUUGUUAUUCCAAAGAGUACGAAUCCAGAGAGAAUUCGUAGCAAUUUACAGGUUUUUGAUUUUUCUCUAUCCAAAGAAGACAUGGAAGAAAUUGACAAGAUAAAAACUAGACACCGCUACUUUGAUUUUAUGGGUGCUAUGUUCAAGGAUCACCCAGAAUGUCCAUGGUGAAGCUGAAAAAAAAAAUCAAAGAAGUGUAGAAUGUUAGAUAUUUCUCUGUCUAAUAUUCUUCCAUGUUCUUUUUAAGAAGCAUUAUAACAUUUGAAUGUACUAAUAAAGAGAAUUUAUGUAAUAUUUUCGUCAGCUAAAUAUGUUAAGAAAGUAGAAUAAGGUUUAAGUAAACAAAUAGAAAAUUCGUGCAUUAAAAGACCACUGCAUGUCUUGUUUAUCGCUAAAUGGCGUCUAGUUAAUUUUUUCAAUGCAUAAAAUCUCACUUGAGUUAAACAUCAAAUAAAGGAUGGUAAAAUACAGAAACCACGACGAGGACACAAUUUUGUUCUACGAAAAAUCAUAAAAAAGAUACCACUUUGAAUACAUAAGUAUGUUACUUAUAUUGCUUUGUACAUUUAUACAAGAUCCAUUUCUCUUCAGAACUAAAAAUACCUCUGUACAUCCAUAUUUAUCACUUAUAUUACAUUAAUCAUUAAUAAGA